CUUCUCCUUGUUAAGAGAAUGAGAUAGAGAGAGAGAGAGAGAGAGAGAGAGAGAGACCCAACAAGAGUGCUAGCUGUAACUACGGUGAGGUGGGCCAGCAGGAAGUUGGGAGUUGGGAGUCCUAGCCUUGAUCAAGACCAAAAGAAAUGGCCGGAGGAGGAGGAGGAGGAGAACAACAUCUCCUAUCAACUGAGAUUGUUAACAGAGGAAUCGAGUCCACAGGGCCGGAUGCUGGGUCGCUAACAUUCUCAGUGAGGGUGAGGAGACGUCUGCCGGACUUUGUGCAGUCGGUGAACCUCAAGUACGUGAAGUUAGGUUACCAUUAUCUCAUAAAUCACGGCAUCUACCUGGCCACAGUACCGGUGUUUGUACUGGUGUUUAGUGCGGAGGUAGGGAGUCUUAGUAGGGAAGAGCUUUGGAGGAAGCUUUGGGAUAGUACUACUCGCUAUGAUCUCGCCACCGUCCUUGCUUUCUUUGCCGUCUUUGUCUUCACGCUUUCCGUUUACUUUAUGUCUCGCCCCCGGUCCAUCUAUCUCAUUGAUUUUGCGUGUUACAAGCCCAGCGACGACCUCAAGGUGUCGAAGGAGCAAUUCAUUGAGCUAGCACGAAAAUCAGGAAAAUUUGACCAAGGAAGCAUCGAAUUCCAGAGGAGAAUUGUGGAGAGUUCAGGGGUGGGGGACGAAACGUACGUGCCGAAAGCAAUAAUGUCGCAAGAGAAUUGCUCGACAAUGAAGGAAGGGAGGGCAGAAGCAGGGAUGGUGAUGUUCGGGGCACUGGACGAGCUGUUUGAGAAGACGCGGAUCAGGCCAAAGGACGUGGGGAUACUGGUGGUGAACUGCAGCAUAUUCAACCCGACACCGUCACUGUCGGCCAUGAUCAUAAACCAUUACAAGAUGAGGGGCAACAUACUGAGCUUCAACCUGGGAGGGAUGGGUUGCAGCGCUGGGAUCAUAGGCUUGGACCUGGCACGUGACAUGCUCCAGGCCAACCCAAACAACUAUGCAGUUGUGGUGAGCACUGAGAUGGUCGGAUACAACUGGUACCCUGGCCGAGACCGCUCCAUGCUCAUCCCCAACUGCUUCUUCCGCAUGGGAUGCUCGGCCCUCCUCCUCUCCAACCGCCGUCGUGAUUACACCCGCGCCAAGUACCGCCUCGAACACAUCGUUCGCACUCAUAAAGCCGCUGAUGAUCGCUGCUUCAGGUGUGUUUACCAAGAGGAAGAUGACCAAAGGUUCAAGGGAUUAAAAGUCAGCAGAGAACUAGUGGAAAUAGGUGGAGAUGCGCUGAAGACCAACAUCACCACACUAGGGCCCCUUGUGCUGCCCUUCUCGGAGCAGCUCAUGUUCUUCGUGACCCUCGUCUGGAGGCACUUGUUUGCUAGUGGCGGUGGCGGUGGUGGCUCGCAGUCAAAGGCCGCGGUGGCGUCCAAGCCAUACAUUCCGGACUACAAGCUUGCAUUCGAGCACUUCUGCGUGCAUGCAGCAAGCAAGACGGUGCUGGAUGAGCUGCAAAGAAACCUGGAGCUGAGUGACAAGAACAUGGAAGCAUCUCGGAUGACUCUUCACCGCUUUGGCAAUACAUCCAGUAGCAGCAUUUGGUACGAAUUGGCAUACUUGGAAGCCAAGGAAAGGGUCAAGAGAGGUGACCGCGUCUGGCAGCUUUCAUUUGGUUCUGGUUUCAAAUGCAACAGCUCGGUUUGGCGAUCAAUGCGCCACAUUAGGAAGCCUCUGAGGAAUCCAUGGCUUGACUGCCUCGACACCUACCCUCAGGCCCUCUAGCUCUCUAGCUAGAUUGCCAAAGCCGAUUCAGAGACCAACAAUGCAUUUCUCUUCUCUAAAAAUUAAGAUCGAAGACUACUAUUUAUUCACAUAUAUAUGAUUUGAGGAGCUUAUUUUGUUUUCUAAUAUGAAUUUGCCGAAUCCUUUGUUAUAAUUAAUGUAAUAGGUUUUAUGUAUGACUUUAAUUCCUCAAUAUGCAAGCAUGUAGUUCAAUUCAUCUUUUAAA